GCAGCGACACCGCAGGCCACUUUCCUCUUGAGGAAUGAAGCUCCCUGCGUCUGGAAGCAUUGUGACCAGUCGCGUCCUUGUCAGAGCUUUUUACCUUACACCUCUGGUCUUACGUUUUGUGUGAUGGUGUGGAUGAUUCUUCUCUUCUGUAUUACAUAGGUUCGUUCAACUCAAGCUUGGGACCGGGGAGAAGUAACAAAAGAGGAAAAAUGAAAAAUGAAAUGAAACCUUUCAUUCCUUCGGACAAUCUGGGGAAGUGGGCCAGAUCUUCUGUGCACAAGGCACGGACAUCCGACCACUGCAGAAGAGAUUUCAUCCUUUUUACUUUAAACUGCCAAAACUCAAGGAGCCGUAUCAGGUGGUUCCUAGGAGUUACUCUGCUCAUCUUUGUUGCCUGGACAGACUAUUCCUUUCGCAUUCAAAAAUGCAGACAGCAGAAGUCGAUGUUGGCACGGUUCAGUAGUUGAAGCUGCUGCCUCCAUGUGGUCGUCAUCAACCGGCUCGACAAAGUAUCACUCGACCCUCCUGGCUCCAGUACGAUUCCACUGUCUCUACUCAUCGUCAUUGGGUGGUUGAAUUUCCGAGUGCUUGGACCUCGUUUCGCUGAUGCGAAACCGGUUGGAAAUGGGGAGUCCACUCCAUCUGCCAGGCGACAAACUGGGAAGUGCGGUCGUGCACGGUGUAGCUCAGGGCUGUCCUCGUAAGUUUAGUGCUCCCUUUGUUUUCUUUUUAUUUCUAUUUCUACGCCUUGGCUUCUUCCCACCGCCUAUCAGAAAAACCCCUUUGUUUAUUCGAAUCUCAGUAGAUUAAGCUUGACGAUCGGUGUCUGGGAAGGGGCGGGCAGAAGGUUAAAACUACUGUACAGUUACCAUGCGACUCUGGAAUCGCUGUACGGUACGGUAAUGACCGUAUUUAGUUUUCUUGGGGCACAUCAGAUGAUCACUGCGGAUUUCCUAUCACGGAAAGCCAGCAGCUGGCGUAGUAUCUUUGAC